GCCGGGGCGGGGGCGCUGCUGCUGCGGGGGCCCGGCGGCGGGGGCGGCGGCGGCGGCCCGCUCCAGCCAUGCCGAAUAAAAACAAGAAGGAGAAAGAAUCACCAAAAGCAGGGAAAAGUGGAAAAAGUUCGAAAGAAGGCCAAGACGUGGUCGAAUCAGAGAUUCCCAGCAGGAAAAACAGCCUUGCUGCUGUCCCGUCUACAGUAUCUAGUAAAAUAAAAGUGCCAGUCCCUCAGCCCAUAGUGAAGAAAGACAAGCGGCAGAAUUCUUCCAGGUUUAGUGUCAGCAAUAAUAGAGAACUUCAAAAGCUACCAUCUUUAAAAGAUGUUCCUCCUGCUGAUCAAGAGAAGCUUUUUAUCCAGAAGUUACGUCAGUGUUGUGUCCUCUUUGACUUUGUUUCUGAUCCACUGAGUGACCUAAAGUGGAAGGAAGUAAAACGAGCUGCUUUAAGUGAAAUGGUAGAAUAUAUCACCCAUAAUCGGAACGUGAUCACAGAGCCUAUAUACCCAGAAGUAGUCCAUAUGUUUGCAGUUAACAUGUUUCGAACAUUACCACCUUCCUCCAACCCCACGGGAGCAGAAUUUGACCCAGAGGAAGACGAACCAACGUUAGAAGCGGCCUGGCCUCAUCUACAGCUUGUGUAUGAAUUUUUCUUAAGAUUUUUAGAGUCUCCAGAUUUCCAACCUAAUAUAGCGAAGAAAUAUAUUGAUCAGAAGUUUGUAUUGCAGCUUUUAGAGCUCUUUGACAGUGAAGAUCCUCGAGAGAGAGAUUUUCUUAAAACUACCCUUCACAGAAUCUAUGGCAAGUUCUUAGGCUUAAGAGCUUACAUCAGAAAACAGAUAAAUAAUAUAUUUUAUAGGUUUAUUUAUGAAACAGAGCAUCACAAUGGCAUAGCAGAAUUACUGGAAAUAUUGGGAAGUAUAAUUAACGGGUUUGCCUUACCACUAAAAGAAGAGCACAAGAUUUUCUUAUUGAAGGUGUUGCUGCCUUUGCACAAAGUGAAAUCUCUGAGUGUCUACCAUCCACAGCUGGCAUACUGUGUUGUGCAGUUUUUAGAAAAGGACAGCACCCUCACUGAACCAGUGGUAAUGGCACUCCUCAAAUACUGGCCAAAGACUCACAGUCCAAAAGAAGUCAUGUUCUUAAAUGAAUUAGAGGAGAUUUUAGAUGUGAUUGAACCGUCGGAAUUUGUGAAGAUCAUGGAGCCUCUCUUCCGGCAGUUGGCCAAAUGUGUCUCCAGCCCGCACUUCCAGGUGGCAGAGCGAGCCCUAUAUUACUGGAAUAAUGAGUACAUCAUGAGUUUAAUCAGUGACAAUGCAGCCAAGAUUCUGCCCAUCAUGUUUCCAUCCUUGUACCGCAACUCCAAGACCCACUGGAACAAGACAAUACAUGGCUUGAUAUACAACGCACUGAAGCUCUUCAUGGAGAUGAACCAGAAGCUCUUUGAUGACUGCACCCAACAGUUUAAAGCAGAGAAACUGAAAGAGAAGCUAAAAAUGAAAGAACGAGAAGAAGCGUGGGUUAAAAUAGAAAAUCUAGCCAAAGCAAACCCCCAGUACACAGUGUAUAGUCAAGCGAGCAGCGUGAGCAUCCCGGUUGCAAUGGAGACAGAUGGGCCUUUAUUUGAAGAUGUGCAGAUGCUGAGAAAGACAGUGAACGAAGAGGCUCGCCAGGCCCAGAAAGAACCGAAGAAGGACCGGCCUCUCGUGCGCCGCAAGUCCGAGCUGCCUCAGGACCUCCACACCAAGAGCGCCUUGGAGGCCCACUGCAGAGCCGACGAGCUGCUCUCCCAGGACGGGCGCUAGCCCUGGAGGACCGCGGCAGGCUGCGGACGCCACUCCUGUUCUGGAUUCUGUAGAAAAUACAUACUUUUUGUGCCAUACAAAUCAGUUACACUCACAGUCAGAGCUUUCUUCGACCCCGUUCUGUAGGCAAUAACGUACUUCCGCCUCAGCUCGAGAUUAGGAGUUCAAACAAUGGUGACUUCUCAGAUCCGUGCGCAGAGCCGGGGCCCCUGACCGUGUCCUCCCCACGUCCUCGUGACCCCGGCACAGCCCCAGAUAGGAUAGUUUCCCAAAAUCAGAGCUAAGGAAAGCACCCUGCUCAUCUCCAUGUUCUCCCCAAACGGAAUUUGUGAUCAUUCAAAAUAGGUGGUUCUAUGAUAAUAUCAAUGUUUUUCAAAUCAAAGGAGCACUUUAAAAAAGUACUGCAUAUUUUUUAAGACUUUAAAACCUUUGAAAUUGUUUCCAUGUGAUUGUUACGCCAGCAGUUUGGGGAGUUUUUUUUAAAUCUCACCAAAAUGGUUCUUUGCUUUCUUCUAACGCAGCUUACUGGGGACAGUGACGUGAAGGCCCUCAGCCGCUGGUUUUCCCAAGGUGUUCCUUUACUUUGAGGAACGACAUGUGCGCCAUGUCCUACUCCUUCAUGUGUCUCUAAAGCCAUAUUUCCAAGUCUGUGGUCUGGUACCAGGAUUCCAGGAGUGAGUUCACAGGAGAAAUUUAUUUUCAAAAGAGCCUUCUCUAUCUACCUUGACUGGAAUUGGAAUUUAAAAACGAUUUUAUCAUUUUUUUGUUUGCAGAAUUUUUUUCCUCUACUCACACAUUCUUGCCCUUUAACAAGGCUCUUGAACUAAUAAAAUUAUAACCUCUAAGAAUUGCAUGUUUUUAGAAAGUUAGAAUGAGAUCAUUCUGAUUAGGUCAGUUCUUGGCCUAAUGCAGGCUGCAGCUGCCUUUGGUCAGAACGUAACAAAAGUCACAGUGUACGUGCCGGGCCAUGCGUGAUGGCCACUGUUGCUGUCACGUGGUGCUCAGCACUCAGAGGAAGCGGCAGUGAGGGUGGCCUCACAUGGAUCUUUUUCUGGUGACGAUGCGCACAUGUCAACACCUCCUGCGGAAAAGGCAGUGUCUGAGUUCGCAUCAGUCUUCAAAUGCUGCUAUCUGUUUCACAGACUUCUUGCAUGGAUUGAGCUUUUUGUUUUCGAUGGAAUAGCACGAGGAGAAAAACCUUUAAACUUAGUGCUUUGUCUGUUCUUUAUUUCUCUCAGGGCGGCCAGUAUUUUGACUGACUUAUCCUGCUUGAAAGCUCUUGAGACACGCACUGCUAUUCUAAACAAGUGGUUCUAGUUUCUUUUGUCUCUGGCGUAAGAUUAUAUAGCUUCAUGUUAAAUGUCUCGAUGCAUAAAAGAUAAACUGUGGCUUCUUUUAGGAUCUGUUGUUCGCUCGAGGUCUCAGGUGUCCGUGGAAGUGUCGCGAAGAGCAGCAGGCCUCGUUCCCGUGUCACGGUGGCAUCACUGAAAUCCACUGACAGUGUUUAGUUCCUGUGCUUAGAGGAAAGCCGUCUGUGGGGGGGCCGAAUUCGCUGACUGCCCCAGCUGAAAGUGGAACAGCCCACUUUGUGAGAAGAAACACUUCCUGAGAAACUUGACAAGUAGCUACCCAUUUUACCAUUAUGAAAUUUAUAAUUUAAAAAAAGUUCAGCUGCCUUCUCCUUUUGAGGGAAAAAGGGUGCUUUUUAUUGUAUAAAGCAGCGUCUUCUGUAUUUUGAUAUACCAUUGUUUGAACUUCCGUCUUUAGCUGAUAGAUUCUCAGAUAUCCUUGAUUCUGGAUGGCCGGUGUGUUUGUGAGAGAGGCAUCUGGAAAGACUCUCUUUUGCCCGAGGGAGAAAGCGAAAUAUCAGUGUUUGGGUGAUUGUGUAAAGCUCAGCGUAUGAGAACAUCUUUUUGUCUAGGUUUUAUUUCUGCUCUUUAUUGAAGACAAACAUUCACCAAAAAGGGACAAAAAAAGUUUUAAGAGAAACUAAUUUUCUUUGACAAGAGUAUUAUUUAAUAUUUUGGCCUGUUAAAGUUUUCCUGGUUAGGACUCAGACUCCCUGCGCUAAUUGUUCGACUUAUAUAUUAUUCUCUAGAUACACUGUUUGUUCUGUGCAAACUGAUCUCAGAAGUACUACACUGAAAAUAAACCGGUGACUGUUUCUCUUCAUAAAGUUCUGCGUUUGGCAUCUUCACUCUUUCCAAAAUGUAUCCGUACAUCAGAAAUGUCACUAUUCCGAGUGUCUUUUUAGUGUGGCUUUAGUAUGGCUUCCUUUUAAUAUUGUACAUACAUUGUAUCUUUGUUUUAUGGUAAUAAGUAAUAAAAAUGUAGACUUCAUAUUUUGUACAAAAUGUCCUAUGUACAGAAUAAAAAAGUUCAUAGAAACAGCAAAAA